AUGUCGACUUUUGAUAUAUAACAAUAAUAAUAUCGCUGUAUAAACGACUAUAUCGUCUGCAAAAUCCUCUCGAAAUUGAGAAAGAAACGAAAAGGGCAAAUCCGGUAUCAGGUAAAUAAACACGUAAUGUACACUCAUGCUGUUUCCUUCAAAGAUCUGGAAGAAUCUACCAAGUAUACGUAUAUUGAGCUAUCCUAUAACAUAUGGGAUGAUUAUGCACACAGGAUGAUCAAAUUCCCUCCCGUGGGGAGACUUUACGCUGAUGAACGAGCUUGUGAACAUUGGGAUGAUAGGGGUCGCAGCGAAAUCUCUCAGAUAUUCGUAACCGCAGACGACGGAGGGAUACGAACGAUCCAAUUCCAAUACAUUGAUGAAAAUGGAAAAUUAGAGCUAUCGAGACCAUACGGUUUGGCGUCCGGCCCACAAUCUGGUUUCGGACGUAGCAAAUUGUUGUGCCACACUCAGGUCGAGUUGGAACAUCCGAGAGAGUAUCUCACUGAAAUCAGCGGCUUGGCCGAGAUGGACGCUAGAGUCGGCUAUCCGACCAUAAAGGCUAUCAGAUUCACGACCAACUUGAAGGAGUACGGACCAUACGGUCAACCGGUCAAGACGGUCAGCUUCAGGUUUGAGCUGGGAAAGUCUCGCCAGUUCGGUGGUUUCUACGGCUCGUACAGCGCCCACGGUCUUCACCGCAUCGGUGUUUAUCUCAAACCCAAAACUUUAGGGGUUAAGGUGGAAAAGGCUUGAAGAAAGAUAUCGCGUUUGUUUAGAUUUAUAUGUUCCUGAUAUCCGAUAGUUUGCUUUAUUAAAUAUAUAUAUGUCGACCAAUGUGCCAUGUAUUCUUUGAUUUGCAUGUUCCAGCAUUACUUGUC